AUGAUGGCGUCGGCCGAGGUCGGCAUACCUCGUCGCGAGGGACGACCACACCGCGAUGGCGGCGACUCGUACCGGCCCUCUCCUCCGCGUGCGCGCACUCCCCCGCCGCCCAAGACCGAAGAAGAGAAGCAACGGAUAGCAAAGGCUGAAUACGACAAGCUCAUCAACAUGCGCUCCGGCGGCACUUACAUUCCGCCAGCCCGUCUGAGGGCCCUUCAGUCGCAAAUCACGGACAAGACGAGCAAGGAAUACCAGCGCAUGGCGUGGGAGGCUUUGAAAAAGAGCAUCAAUGGUCUGAUCAACAAAGUCAACACGGCAAACAUCAAGUACAUUGUGCCCGAGCUAUUCGGCGAGAAUCUGAUCCGAGGUCGAGGACUGUUUUGCCGGUCCAUCAUGAAGGCCCAGGCUGCGAGCCUGCCGUUCACGCCCAUCUACGCUGCCAUGGCGGCCAUUGUCAACACAAAGCUACCUCAAGUUGGCGAGCUGCUCAUCAAGCGCUUGAUCAUGCAGUUCCGCAAAGGCUUCCGACGAAACGACAAGGCCGUCUGCCUUUCCUCGACGACAUUCAUCGCGCACCUUAUCAAUCAGCAGGUGCAGCACGAGAUGCUGGCGGGGCAAAUCCUUCUUCUGCUAUUGAACAAGCCCUCGGACGACAGUGUUGAGAUUGCAGUGGGGUUCUGUCGAGAGGUUGGGCAGUAUCUGGAGGAGAUGCAGCCGUCCAUCUCCAUGGUCGUUUUCGACCAGUUCAGAAACAUCCUCCACGAAGCCGACAUUCAGCCACGAACGCAGUACAUGAUUGAGGUCUUGUUCCAGGUGCGCAAGGACAAGUUUAAGGAUAACCCUGCCAUCAAGGAGGAGCUGGACCUAGUCGAGGAGGAGGAUCAGAUCACGCAUCGCGUGGACCUGGACGGCGAGCUGGAAGUACAGGACACGCUCAACAUCUUCAAGUUCGAUCCCGACUACGAGGAAAACGAGGAGGCGUACAAGAAGCUCAAGGCCGAGAUUCUCGGCGAGGGCAGCGAUUACGACGACGAGGAGGAAGGCGACGACGAAAGCGACGAAAGUUCGGAGGACGAGGAGGACCAAGAACAGAAGGCCAUGGAGAUCAAGGAUCAGUCGAACGCGGACCUGGUCAACCUCCGCAGGACAAUCUACCUGACCAUCAUGUCGAGCGCUGACCCCGAGGAGGCGGUGCACAAGCUGAUGAAGAUCAACCUGCCAGCUGGCCAAGAGCCCGAGCUCCCUUCCAUGAUUGUGGAGUGCUGUUCGCAGGAGAAGACGUACACCAAGUUCUUUGGUCUGAUCGGAGAGCGCUUCGCCAAGAUCAACCGGCUCUGGUGCGAUCUGUUCGAGCAGGCCUUUGUCAAGUACUACGAGACCAUCCACCGUUACGAGAACAACAAGCUGCGAAACAUUGCCAUGCUCUUUGGUCACAUGUUUGGAGUCGACGCGUUGGGCUGGCACGCUAUGUCAGCCAUCCACAUGAACGAGGAUGAGACAACCUCUAGCAGCCGUAUCUUUGUCAAGAUUCUGUUCCAGCACAUUGUCGAGGAACUCGGCAUGUCGAAGCUCAAAGAGAGGAUGAACGACCCGACGCUGCGACCUCUGCUCGAGGGCUUGUUCCCACGCGACAAUCCUCGCAACAUACGGUUCUCCAUCAACUACUUUACCAGCAUCGGCAUGGGAGGUCUCACAGAAGAGAUGCGCGAGCAUCUGCAGAACAUGCCGAAGCCGGCGCUUCCCGCUCCUCCCGCCGACCAUUCAGAUUCCGAGUUCAUCAUACUCGGGGUCCCGCUCGCCGAGCCGGUCACGUUCGCUUUCUCGUUCUCGCUCACCAGUCUCACGAAGAAGCGACAGGUCAUAUUCGCGCUCCCCUCCCCCUCGAAACCAACGACGCCCGCGGUCGUACAGAGGCUCCUCUUCGCCACCACGCAACAGGCCUGCUGCCCGAGGGCGGUCUCUCUCGCGGUCGCCUACGCCGCCCCGUGA